ACAUGCUUCACUGAUUCGAGUAUUUGGCGAGCGCCGUUUUGUCCUACUAAUUUUGGCGGUCCUUGAACUCACCUUAGUUUGUUUCCAUGUAUAACUUUCUCCGACUUUCUAGGACGUGUUUUAUGCCACUUCUUUUUCUGUCUCAUUUUGUCCACCCAACUGUUAACGUGGUGCGUGAAGGCACAAAGUGUUACAGGACAAAUGUGCACAGCUGCGACUGGAGAGAAGAAAAACAAAACAUUUUCUCUUCUCGGACACCUCCGUCAUCCCCCAAUCAGGUGUUCCUUCUGGUCUUUAUGCCUUUAAAGCAAUAAAACCACAAUCCGGUCCUGCCCGGGAGCCAAAGCAACGCUUGAUGCAUUUCCACUUUAGUUCGUGAUGUCAUAACGUGUUCUCGGUGGGAGGGGCUUCUCGUCUCGGCGUUUUAAGGGUAAGCCACAGUGCCGCUCGCCUCGCGCAGUGACCAAUGACCAUGACCGUGACCGCCCUGCUCCUUGUCCUCGUCCUCUCAGCCGUGGUAGGGUCAGCCCGUGGCCAAACAUGCAGCUACCAGGACAUCGUGGACCACCUCAACCUGACCACGGAAGCCUACAAGUUGACCCGGCCCGUUCUGGACCACACUCGGCCCACGUCCGUGGAGCUGGCCGUCGUUCUCUACGCCAUCCUGGGCGUGAACGAGAAAACGCAAACCUUCAUCCCGUUUAUCUGGAAGUUCAUGGUUUGGAACAAUGACCACAUCUUCUGGGACCCCGCUCAGUUUUGCGGAAUCACGGAUUUUACGUUUCCCGAAGGCUUGCUGUGGAAACCGGACAUCUUCAUCGAGGAAAUGACGGAGAAGGACGACUCCCCGCCCAACCCUUACAUCGUCCUACGCCACAACGGGGUCGCCAGCUUGGAGCAGGACAUGCGGGUGGUGAGCACGUGCAAACUGGACGUGCACAAGUUCCCCUUCGACACGCAGCAGUGCAACAUGACGUUCGGCUCCAUGGCUCACGACUCCUAUCAGAUGAGAGUCAUACCCGUCUUCAACUCGUCACGGGCGACCGAGUCCACCAAAGAGAAUCUGCAAUCUCAGGGAGAGUGGGAGUUCCUGCAUUUGUCCGUCAGCAACAAGAACUUCAGCCAUGAUGGCCGUCUGUGGGACCAGCUGGUGUUCACUUUCGUCAUCAAGAGGCGCCCCCUCCUGCACGUCAUCAACUUCCUGCUGCCAAUCCUCUUCUUCCUGUGCCUGGACCUGGCCUCCUACUUCAUCCCGGACCACCGCGGCGAGAAGUUGAGCUUCAAGGUGACCGUGCUGCUCGCCAUCUCCGUGCUGCUGCUCAUCCUCAACGACAUCCUGCCCUCCAUGUCCAACAAGACCCCGCUGAUAGCCACCUACUGCAUCGUCAUUUUCGCCAUGAUGCUGCUCAGCCUGCUGGAAACCAUCCUGGUGACCCACCUGAUGGAGGGGCACGCCUUGGAGAAGCUGGCUCGGUGCACCGACAAAGCCGAGAGGAUCCCGCCGGAUGGAAACAUGACCGAAGAGCGACAAGAGGUGGGAUCUUUGGGCACGUGUACGUCCGGCAGGGAGAAACCGAACGAGAUGCUGCCCGUCCUCCAGGAGGUGAACAACAGCGUGCUCGGAGCCGAGUCGCGGGCGCUCCUGCUGAUGGUGGCCGAGCUGAAGGAGCUCCACAGGACGCUGAGCGCGCACCACAGCUGCAGGAAUGACGGCGGGAAAUCGGCGCGCUUGGCUGCCAAAAUCAACAAAGUCUUCUUCGUCUUCUACCUGCUCACCGCCGUGCUCUUCCUCUCGCUGCUCUACCUGGAGUGGACCAGUUAGGUCAGCCGUGGCCCUCAGCUAGAAUUUUAACAGCUUGCGGCAUAUGCUAAAAGUACUAUUAGAAAAGAGAAACUAUCGUAGUGGAAUAAAAGAGCAUACAGGUGGAAAGUAACCUUGCAAUGUUGACGCUAAUAAAACAAAGCUGCCUUGCAGGCUGUUUUUUCUUUAUAGCUGUCGUUGCUCAAAAUAUAAUAAUGUAAUCAAAAU